UUCGCAGUUAUCAGUAAGCAAGAGAGAGGCCAUGGCUAUGGAAUUCGAAUUAGGGUUUCCGUACUGGAGAGCCCUCCGUCGGAAGUUUGCUCCCGAAUCUCCCUUCGUCGCUGCUGGAAACAUCGAAAGGGAACUGCUCGUCAAACAGACGAAAAGCGAGAGCUUCGGAGUAUUGUGGAUGAGGAAGGCAGGGGUGUUUUCUGUUCGAUUGUUGGUUGUGGAGCGAGGUUGAUUUGCUCGGAGGAGUUUGAAGAGCAUUACAAUGCUCGGCAAACUGCAUCUUGCUCUGUGUGCUCCAGAGUCUAUCCGGCGUCCCGGCUGCUCGGCAUUCAUGUUUCUGAAGCACACAGUUCUUUCUUUCAGGCGAAAGUCGCACACGGCGAUCCUAUGUAUGAAUGCCUUGUAGAAGGCUGCGAUUUGAAAUUGGAGAGCUAUAAGUGCCGGCAACAGCAUCUGGUGGAUAAGCAUAAGGGGUGUGUUUGGUACAGCUGGGCUUAUAAAAAAAGUCGGCUUAUGCUGAUUUCUGAAAAUAAGUGGCUGAUAAAUAAAGUUGCAUACUGUUUGAUAAACUGACUUAUAUAAGUAGCUGUUAGUGACAGAAGUAAUGGCAAAGCGUUUGGUAAACUCAAACUAGCUUAUGCUUUUAAUUUGUCAAAUGACCAAUUUAGACAAGUACUACACAUAUCCAUCCUGACACUUUGUAUGAGUUUAAUCAAGCAUUUUUGGAAAGUUCAGUUACACACUCGGCAAGAAAACCUUGUGGGAAGCAUUUAUCAGUGUAGUAGUUGUACAUCAUGAACAUGAAGUACUUCUGAAUCCAUCUCAAAAUUAUUCCUUUGUUUCUCUGUGUUUUCUUCUUCUGAAUUUACUAAAUGGCGCCUGCGAUCAUAUUCAUGCAGCCCAUCCUGCAUAAGUUCCUCAAACUUCUCCUUUUACAACAACAAGUGAUCCUUAUGAAUCAGUUCUUGCCCAUUAUAUAGCCUUCUCUAAGAAUGACAGUAUGUAUCUGAUACAUGUACCAAACAAAAAAAAAUGCCAGGGUGCUUCAGCAGAAAUGCAUUCAAUCUCUCUGACAAAAUAAACUCCCUUCGAAAAUGUCCAAACUUCAGUUCAUUAAUAUUGACAACAUUUAGCCUCUAAUUGCGGCUCAUCAUC